GCCCAUACUGAGACGCAGCGAGUGUCACUAUCGAGUCGGUCACUUGAUAGACACACUCCGCAAGCCGGCCUGUGUCUCCAACGGCACUCUGGCCUUUCUCGACCUCACAAUACUACUCCAACGUCUUCCUUUCACAAUCCCUGUCACUUCUCUCGCCUCACACCCAUCCUCCGAUUCCACCGGGUUACCAGCUUCUGAUCCCGUUCAGACCUGCCCUAGUCAAAUCCCCAAAGAUUACUCGGACCAUUCAACCGGUCAUACAUCCUCUUAGCGUUUCCUUUCAUACCCUCGCUACUGCCACUUCUUCUCUAUCGACUCGCACGACACCAUUUCAGAGUGCACGUGUGCCACUAUAAGAGCACGCUCAUUCGCUUAUCCGACCUUCAUACUCUUCAUUCAAUCUCCAAACCAAGCACCGUAUACAAUGUCAACUCCCAAAGUUGUUACCUACCUUAGAUCCCUCGAGGCCGUUCGUGACCGCUCGAGGCAAGUCUACAAUCUCGGUGUCGACGGCAAGCUUGAUCACUGGACGUUUGACGAGGCAAAGCUUGCCGACAUAGCCGAUUACUGCUCCAAGAUCAUUGAAAGAGACUUUGGUGUCGACUACGCUUCCAUUCCUCCCCACUGUAGGCGAGGCCACUUUAUCACCCCUUCCAACAAUCGAAUCGCAACCCUCCUUGCCAAACCAUCUUUCCCGCCCAAGUCAGAACCACUUUCCCGAGCUGGAACUCUUAUCGAUCUUUACCUCGUCUCAGUCCUCCUCGACGCAGGUGCAGGUCCGGACUGGACUUUCACCGAGACAGACGAAGAAGGUAACGAGACCUGGAAGGGAGGUCGAAGCGAGGGGCUGGCUGUUGCCAGCUACCACAUGUUCAUUAACGGAUUGUUCUCUAGCUCCGGCAACAAGUUCCAGGUUGAUGCAAACGGUUUGAAGAAACUUACACCCGAGCUUCUCGCCAAACAUCUCCAAGUAUCAGAGGACAACCCUAUGACAGGCCUUGAAGGUCGCUGCAACCUCCUGAUCAAGCUUGGUGAUGCUCUUGCUGCUCGGCCAGACCUGUGUGCUACAGGACGACCAGGCGAUCUUCUUAAAUAUUUCGAGCCCAAAGUCAAGGACAGUCUCCCUCUCUCAGACUUUUGGUCUACUCUUUUCGACCUCCUCCUUCCCAUUUGGCCUUCCCGAGUCACACUCCCUUCCCACCCCACAUACCCUCUCGGCGACGUCUGGCCCUGCACUUCACUUUCCAGGUCCCUUGAUCAAGCUGGUAUAGACAGAGAAGAAGGCGACGACUUUGUGCCAUUCCACAAGCUUACUCAAUGGUUGUGUUACUCGCUUGUAGAUGCUAUCGAAAGUGAGGCAGGAUGGAAAGUUGAUAAGGGUCUCGGACAGACCGGAUUGCCCGAGUACCGUAAUGGAGGGCUCUUUAUUGAUCUUGGAGCUCUCACCAUCAAGCCCGAAUCACUCGGAGGCAAUGCUUAUCCGAACGGUAAGGACAAACCUCCCGUCCUUGAGCCUUCCCACCCCGCCGUCAUCGAGUGGAGGGCUGUGACUGUCAUCUCCUUGGAUCGAAUUCAUAAUCUGCUAUGUGAGAAGCUCCAGGUCGGCAAGGACGUCCUGGCCCUCGCUCAGGUCCUAGAAGCCGCCACCUGGAAGGGAGGUAGGGAGAUUGCCAAGGAGAAGCGAGCUGGUGGCGGGCCUCCCAUAGACAUUGUCAGUGACGGUACCAUCUUCUAGGAACCAUAUCCGCGUUCGUUGUACAAUCUCAUACCCAGCUACCGUUGUCCAAUCAUGC